UUCAGAAUAAUAACAUGACGGUGUCUGUGAGUCUCAGUGAAACUCUUGUCUUGUGUCGUUUAGGAAGCUUCAGCAUGUUUCAUAGCUAAUCUAAUGAUAGCACAGUUAGGUAGAGAAGCUCACUCUUAAACUGACAGUUUACAAAAUGGAAUACAUUCUCCAGGUGAAAAUAGGCGCUUUGGUCGGUCUAUUGCUCCUAACUCUUCUUUUUGGAUUUAUCCCUGCUCAAAUCAAAUGGUUCAGAAACACAAACGGGACAGAAACCCACCGCAUUGUUCUGAGUCUGAUCAGCUGUUUUGCCGGGGGAGUCUUCCUGGCGGCAUGUCUGCUCGACAUCAUUCCAGAUUAUCUGUCUGACAUCAACACUGAGCUGGAUGCUCGAAAGAUAGAGACCAGCUUCCCUCUUCCAGAGUUCAUCAUGGCUGCCGGCUUCUUCACAGUCCUCAUACUGGAGAAACUUGUCCUGAACUGCCGGGAGAUGGGAGGGGCUCAGGAGGAGAGGGCACCCCUUAUACCGGACAACAGAAACGGGCAUGGGCAUGGUCAUGGAACAAGCCCUGAUCUGGAGAGCAGCGGCCACCACGUCCACGUUGACUUUCAGGCUCACUCUCCCUUUCGUUCCUUCAUGCUCUUCCUCUCGCUUUCACUCCAUUCAGUUUUUGAGGGUCUUGCUAUCGGCCUACAGGACACUGAUUCAAAGGUAUUAGAGAUCUGCAUCGCUAUACUUGUCCACAAGAGCAUCAUAGUGUUCAGCCUGUCUGUGAAGCUGGUCCAGAGCGCAGUUCGUCCAUUGUGGGUAGCUGCUUACAUCGGAGUAUUCGCCUUGAUGUCGCCUUUAGGCAUCGCUAUCGGCAUCAGUGUGAUGGAGGCUCAGCUAGAAGCCGGAGCGCUAAUUCAGGCCAUCCUGGAGGGGCUCGCUGCGGGGACGUUUAUUUACAUCACCUUCCUGGAGAUCCUCCCACAUGAACUGAAUUCCCCUGGGAAGCAACUUCUCAAGGUGCUCUUCAUCCUGCUAGGCUUCAGCAUCAUGGCAGCUCUGACGUUUUUGGACUGAGAUGUGUCAGGACGUGGCCUGGACACUUUGUGCCAACUACUGCAGCUGCCAUACAUUUGCAGGUGACCUUUGUACAAGAUAAAUCAUUUUUACUAGAAAAGAAGAAGUAGGUUUGCUGACGCACUGUUAAAUCCAACUCUGGAGUUUUUAUCGUCAAAGGGAGCAUGACAACAGAUGUUGGUGUUUUAUUGCUUUCAAUAUACUUUCAAUAUACUUUCAAAAAAAUAUAUAUAUAAUAUCUUUUUAAGAGGAUUUUAUGUAAAGAGAAACCACUUCCUGCGAUGAUAAGUUUGUUAUACAUUGAAAAGAUGUGGCGUCUCACUGAGUCCCCUCAUUUAUCACUGCCCAUGUUUGGAAACAUGCUUUGGACCUGCAAACAUAACCGUCGUCUCUGACCUUUGACACUAUUGAGGAAACCCCUGGAAACAAAGGGCCUCGUUGUAUGUAUAUGAUACCUUGUAAUUAUUCCAAUCAUUUCAGUAUAUCAGUACCUCCAGAUAUGUAAUGUUUACAUUUUAUGUGAAGCAAAUUCAAACUGAGAACAUGACAGCUUCUUGUUUCCAAAAAAACACUGUUUGUGCCUUCACUUUGGUUGAAGCUCUUUACUAGAGGCUCAGCUGGAUGGUUGGUCUCUGUAUAAUUGUUAUUAAUGAUGUUUCCACUGACCCGGGUUUAUUUAGUAAAUACUGGCAUUUUAGUGCGAUGCUUUUAAUUGUAGUUUUCACUAUUUAGCUGCUUUUAAACAAUCAACAGUUUUUAUAUUUGUCCAGCAAAGUAGUGUAAAUGCAAACUGACUCCCUGAUGCCUUACAAGGAUGUGUGCACACAAAACAAGAGUGGCAAUGAUGAGAAAAUAUGUGGGAUUUUUAAAUAAAGAAGGAGUGAUCAUCUCCAGAAAAUGUGCAAGGAUAAAAUGUAACUGAGUUUUAACAACCCACUAUUUAAGCAAGCUGAUCACUAUUAUUUACAUUGUGCUGACCUUUGUCCUAGUUUAGUCCAGUCUGUUUUGCCACUUUGUCCAGUCUGACUUGACCAGACUGUUUGUCCAUUGAUAGACAAAAUGCUGCUUCUUUAUGUAAAAAAAACUUUGAGUUCCUCUAUUUUAAAUUUGGAAAAAUAAAAAAGCUUUAAAUAUCAGGACAGAGACAUGUGCAAGAUAAUUAAUUGAUUCUGUAAACUGAUACAUUUUAUAGUCUAUUACUAGUGCACACAACUGUAUUUGUGUCAAGUAAUCAAACCUUGCAGGACAUUGAGUGCGUAAAUUCAUACUACUACUACUACUACUACUACUAACUAUAGUAUGGGCUGAGGGCCAAAACUAUUUUUCAUGGUCCACACAUGUCAAAGAGAAUGUAUUAAUAAUAAUAAUAAUAAUAAUAAUAAUAAUAUUACAUACAGUAUGUGCACUGAAUUAAAAAAACUCAAACAGUGUGUAAGUGUGUGCAUUUCAUUUUAGCUGCAAACUGUCUGUGUUUAGUCACACGUCCUGUUUAAGUCUGUCAUGUGAUCGUCAGAUUGUUCCCUGAGCAGAACAAAUAGCAGGAAGUUGGAAUGUGUGUGGGGUUUUUUUUCAUGAAAAACCAAUGUCAGCAAUUUUACUAAUGCCAAUUCAAACAUGUGUGUCUCAUAUGUUGUGCAGAUUUGCACAUUAUCUGCAUUUUUUAAAUUUUCAUUAAAAGGCCAUUUGACCAAGACUGAUGAAACAAUUUACCCAAAAAAAGGAAUGCAAUUACUCACUGCUGUUACCAAUUGUGCAUUGUAAUGUCUGUAAGUCAUUUAUGUACAAAAGCAUGUUGCAUUUUUUUUUUUUGUCAUUUUGCAAGUUGACCUCCACUUGUUAUUUUAUGCCUUAUGAUCAUUUAUCUCAUGCCAGAGGCGACUUUGUUGUCUGUUGUGUAAACUUAAUGAGAUUAAAGACAAAAGAGGAAUUUUCUUCCUACAUGUUCAUUCUA